AUGGCGGGUUUGUCAAGCAUCGGAGGUUCUGACAAUAGUCUUAAAUCUUUCUUCGAUAACACUAAAAUGGUGAUUGCCGAAGCAGAGAUCUGCUUGUCUACACUGACUGAAGAUGGAGAAAGGGUAGAACGUUUACACCAGAGGCUGUCGCAGGCUGGAGAAACAGUGUUCAUUUUAAAGGAAAGGGCAGCCGAAGUUGGUUUUGAUAAUUUGCAAAUGGAACGCUUCCACAGGGAUAUGGAGGAGUUAUCCAAUAAUUUGACAAGACUUAGAGUGUUCUUUGAAAAUCGGGGCGACGAACUAAAUAGUAAUGCUGUGCCUCUGAAUGAUUUGGUCUAUCGAUCCCAGAGAACUUACACAGGAAGGAAAGGUCAGCCCAAGUUUGACGUGGCAAAAGGACAGAUCGAAUUUCUCAGGGACAUGCACUUCUCUUGGGAGAAAAUUGCGGAAUUACUAGGAAUUUCCACGAAAACUUUAAGCAGAAGGCGAAAAGAAUUCCAGAUAAAUGAUGAGGAGAGUUUUCAUUCUGUUACCGAUGAAGAACUGGUAACAAUCAUGCAAGAAAUAAUCAGGGCGUUACAAAUCGAUAGAAAUCGAUCAUCGAAAACUAAUCGAUUACUCGAUAUUACUCGAUAAUACUCGAUAAUUGUUAAUCGAUUAGCUAAAAUAAUCGAUAGAAAUCGAUAAUCACAAGACUUAGACCGAGAUUAUCGAUUUUAUCGAUUUAUCCGGUCGAUUGAGGACAUUGAAAAAAAAAUUAUAUCAAGUCAAUUUAGAAUCAAGGAACUUUUUUCUUUCUUACCGAAAACUGAACGUCAAAACCUCUUCCAGUCUUGGCGAUAAUCUGUGAUAACCAGAUAACUCAUUCGCAUUUGAAGCAAUUUUUCUGAGUUUUUAGACUCGUAGCUCGGACGAAAACGACAGCACACUGUGUAAGCGGCGUAAGAACACCAGUGGAAUUGUUUACGCUGGUAAACGUGGCGUACUGCUACAACAAAAACCAUGUUGAAUUGAGUCAAUCUUGGAAUGAAUUUCAUUUCUGCAUAAGCUGAAUGUUGCUUUCUGUGCGUUCUAUGGCUGAUAUUUAACAUAAAUCGGCUUUGGUGAGUUAAUCAGCGGAUAAACAUUGGAUUUCAGGUUUCCGGUUUAAGGUUUGUGGGUAGUACGCGUGGUAUGUGAUAGCAGAUGAUGGUGAAAGGUCACGUGAUUAAGAGUGAACACGUGAACAAGAAAACUUCCCAGACCACGAACCCACUUCAUUCGCAGUGCGAUAACAGCACACUGUACAAUUAAUCCUCUUAUUAAUGCUCAGUGUUAUUCCUUAUUCCAACAGGGUUGAUGGAUGCGAUGGACGAUAGCACAAAAUAAACAGACAAGUUUGUGGUUUUCUAUAUGAAAUCAGUUAAAAUUACUUUAUUUUUUCAUAAUUCACGUGUACCAGGUUACAAACUAAAUAAAACCAGAUAAAACAAGUCACUGGUCACAUGUCACUGUGGAGUAGCUCCCGAAUCGUCACUGCUUCCCCUGAUUCUGCGUAUACUGCCCCGGCUUGUAAGUUCCCUGCUUUUGUUUCCUGCGAUGAUUGUUAAACCAUACGCUCACCUGGAAGUCACAAAAUAUAAAUGAAAUAAAUAAGUAAAUAAAUGUUUGGUCAACUCUCCAUGAAGGCUACCUGGAUACUUUCUAUUCAGCGUCUAUUCCUAGCACCAACGCAACUCAUUUUGUAAUUGCAACGAGCCCGCGCGCAAGAAUACCGCAUGAACUUAACUCCUACUGUGUCCACGUGGAACCAUGCAUUAGUCGAGAUUAGUCUCUUGUACAAGCAGAUCGGUGCUAUGGCGCAUUAUACUUCCUUUUUCUCAUGCAUUAUUUUAAGCAUAUAUCUUUUCGAAGUUACCGACAGUGCCCCUCAUAAAGACAUACAUCAGGUGAACCAAGAAUUACAGAAACGUGAUUUUCGGCCCCUGACAUCCGACAGUGAUUUCAAGAACUCGAUUACUUGUAAUUCAUGUGGCUUGACUUUAACCUAUGGAGAUAGCGCUAAAACGAUGUGGCUGGUGAAGCGCCAUAGCAAGGAAGAGUCACACAAAAUAAAAGCUGGAUGGUAUUUGGACGACGACAAUAAUGUUUUGUCAAGUAAACCUAAAGGUAAGGCUAAACAAAGAUGUCAAAUCGACAACUCAGCUGUAAAGUUUAGCAACGAAUUGAUCGAAGUUUUCAGUUUGAUUUGAUCGUUUACCAAUUUGUUGCAAAGAAAUAUUCUAGGCUUACCUGUCGCUCUUCUAGUUUUAGUAACUUGGCCGUUCGCUCUAGUACGCUUCUUUCAGGCAAUCCGUUCGAUGACUUGAAGACGGAAUCUAGCGUGGAUAAUUCGAGGUCGCUGUAUCGUUUAACCGCCUUUUUGGAGGCUUGUCACUUUCAUCAAUUUCUUUCCUCCGUGAUUUUGACACUAAAAUAAUUUAAAGCAAAAAUUAAUUUAGUCAAGAAACCCUAUACUAACCUUUUGUCAUUCAAUGACUUACAGUGGUCGAGCCUAACCGUCAGCGGUGGUAAAGGUGUCAUGCUAUAAAUAUUGUCACCAAGAAGGUGACGAGCAAUGAUAUUUCACUUUAUUAUAAAAGAAUGUAAAUACAACAACUAUAAAUAGAUAUUUACCUUUCUUGUAUUCAUCGAUCAAUGCGGCUUGCUGUUUGGGGUCGUUUAGAAAAGCGUUCAAGGUUACCCAUAUUGCCCGGCCAUGUGUUUUUGGCAGCUCGUUUGGCGCUUUUGUGAUGUAGUCUGAGAAAGAACCUUGGGACCUAUUCACUACCCUUUUAGCAAAGAAUGUUUGGGAAACCCCUUUUGUGAGGAGCCAUCUCGAAACUUUUGAAGCGAUUUCCCUCGGUAAAAGAAUGACAUCUUCCGUAUUCUUCUUAGCUGCACCGGCUUCUUGAUCUGCUUCGUCUGUAAUCUCCACGACUUGCGUUUGAGCGUUUGUAGCUUCGGUAGCUUCUGUCGCUUCAUUACACGUGCUUUUUCCUGUGUGGAAAAGGUUAAGACCAUUCUUGUCUUAAAUCGCUCCUAAAAUUCAGUGUCAGUUCCACAAGGUCUAAAUCUAAAUUUUUGCAGUUUAAACUAUAAUGGAGGAGGCUUAAAACAUCUCAAAACACAUAACAUUCAUGAGUGAAAUAAACAAACAACACUGCGUACCAUUGGUACCAUUCACCGCAUUUUCCAUUACUUUAAUCUCUCCGCAACGCUCUUCAACAAAUUUCUUCAAAUCAGGCAGUUCUUUUUCUGCUAUCUUGACUGACACUUCAACGUAUUCUUUAUCUUCCAUGGUUGAACCAGUUUCAACAAAGAUCAAGAAAACCGAGAGAAAACAAACGUUAACACACCCGAGACACGAAUUGGCACAAACACCGGCAGUCAGUGAACGUGUGACACGAAUUAGCACAAACACCGGCAGUCAGUGAACGUGUGAAAAAGAUACUGGGGAGAGAAUCUGGCAGUUGAUUCCCGCGUUUGGUCAGUUUGAAUCCGAUCUAUUCUUGAUACUAAACACGAAGAAAAAGAAGUUUUCAGAAUCUAAAUAAGUCCAGGAAAAAUAAAAUAUAAUUUAAUUUACUCAAUAAAACAGAACAGGAAAUAUACUAAAAAAGUUGUAUUAGUUCAAAUAUAUCACUAUUGUAAGAAAAACCUAUAUUAUUCGAAUAUUUGACAACUCUCUGCUGUUUUCCUUUAAAAGAGUAGUUGAUCUAUUGAGUGAUCAUUCAGUUUAUUUUAAUAUGUUUUUUUUAAUACUUAACCAACGAAUCUGCUCAGCGAUAUUAUGCUGUGAGGGGCGGGCUGUAUACACCGUAGCGUAUUUAACACACACGCACGAACAUCUUUCUUACAGGAAAUAAACUGCUGACGAGUUAUUUUGGAACCGCCAAACAGAAGUCUUCCCCCAGCCCAUCAACAUCUCGGAGCGCAAGUGCCAAAACAGUCAUGGUUGCAGAAAUGGUGUCUUAUGCACAAAGAGAAAAGGUAUACAGCGUGGGUUCUUUUUUCCCUUUUUUUCAUUGUUUUGAUUCCGCGUCUUUUUAAGCGAUGUUUUAAGGGUUUUCCAACUCAAGUCAUCUGACCCAAUGUUUAAUUGAUUUCUAUUUUCACAGGCAGUUGCAAAUACACACCGAGAAAUGAACAGGGCGUUCGGACAGAGGCUGAGUGAAAUGAUGAUGACAGAAUCUCCUUUGCGGGAUCAGCAAGACAACUCAAAACAACGCGUUUCAGUUGAAGAGAUCGUAUACAACGAAAAAUUUGUAUACAUGAACCGGCUUUCAGAGGCUAGGAUAGAGACUGAAAAAUUAUUACAUUCCUCCGAUUUGUCCAAAGUCCAAAAAAAGUCGCAUAUGGAGAGGGAAAUCUCAAAUAUGUUAAUGGAAAGUAGAGACAAUACCCAGAGGGUCAGGGACUCCUUCCGGUUCCAGUGUCUGUUAGGAGCAUCAGAGGAAAAUUUUAAAAAGAGCCGUUUAGACAUUGCCACCUCUUGUAUUCAACAUAUAGCGGAGAAAGCUUCAUUAUCAGAAUUGUAUCGAAAAAAAAUUGCUGAACUUAGACUACAGUUAUCGGUAAAAGAAGAUGUCAUUUGCGCAUUACAGCAUGAUCUGAAAAGCAAAUGUCUAAAACAGCAGCUGCCAGAAAUCGCGCUUCAGCUGGCUGCAGUAGUAGAAAGGAAAGACCAAAAAAAUACUGAAUUCAUUUCGAUUGUGUCCGAUCUUCUUGCGCACAACAUAAAUGAGAAAAAAUGCUGGAAUGACGACACAAAGUCCUUGUUCGCAAUUAUUCUAGAUUAUGGAGGACCGGCCUUGCUAAAGAUAAUCAGGGAAAAAAUUGGCGGGCCGAGUCUGCAGACUGCUUAUGCAACAGCCCGACGCAAGGUUCCUAUUGCAACUAAACUAACAGAAGAUCAGUUUGGAAUAGCGGCCUCAUUCUAUCAACGUGUUGGUUAUACGGGACCAUUUGUCCUGGCCAUAGAUGCUACUGCAAUUUCACCAUGCCUUAGAGUAAGAGGCAAUCGAAUCGUAGGAAUUGCAUCUGAAGAGGACAUUUUUGUACGUACUGCACAAGAUAUUAUCGAGGUGACAAAUGACCAAAGUAAGGAAAAGGCGCGGCAAGCUAAUGCGUUUGUGUUGACUCCUCUGCAAGAGCACGUUCCUAGUUUUACCCUUGCAAUUUCACCAGUAGUUAAGGGGCAAGACUGGGCUUCAGUGAGGAAUUGGUUCGUGGACGCAUUAAACUGGGGUGCUCAACAUAAUAUGCAGAUUCUCGGAAUAGGUGCGGAUGGAGACUCUAAAUUUAGAAGAUACUUUCUUGAUGAGUUUAGUAAAAGGCAUGGCAUGGUAGAUGAAGUGAUUUCGGUAUCUCACAAGGGGUUCAGUUUUGUUUCUGUGGUCAAGAAUGUUCAUGGCCUGAGAAUUCCUACUGUUAUGUUUCCUGACUGGAAGCACCUAAUUAAAAAAUGGAGAAACCAGAUUCUAAACGUGCGUCGCGUCCUGGUUCUAGGAGAUUCGUUUGUCAUGAUUGAAGAUCUAAUGAGGUUGUAUGAGGCGAACAAAUUAAAAAGUGGAUUAUGGAAAAGUGACAUUUUCGUCAGGGACAAACAGAACGUGGCUGCAGCGCUACGAAUUUUGCAACCUGAAGUCCGAGAAUGCUUGAGCGAGUGGAAUAAGGACCGCAGUCAAGCAAUUCGAGUUUACCUUAAAGUAGGACAUAACAUGCUACGUGCAUAUACAGAUGAAAAUCUCACUGUGAAAGAACGGUCAAAGCUUGCUUGGUCUUCAGUUUGCUUUGUCAGAUUAUGGAAAGCUUGGGUAGAGAUGUCAAAUUAUCCAAUAGAGUCCUCUUUUAUAUCCUUACAAACGUACAACGAUAUAGUGCUUGCGGGACACUCGCUUAUAUUGUCGAGAAAAUUAUUUUCGGAGUACUUCCCCGAUCAAUCUUUUAAUCCCUCUACGUUUGGUUCUGACAGUUGUGAAAGACUUUUGCACGCUGUCGUGGGUUUUGUAAAGGAAAACAAAUUUUUGUAUGCUGGACAUGCUCGACAUUUGCGGCAGAAUAGCAAAACUCGAUGAGCUGAAACUUAAGGAGCCUCCAGUUGUUUCUCGCACAUCUUGGCCAGAGUUUGUGGAAGAUGAAAUCUUGAGCGGCAUCAAGGAGGCAGAAAAAGAAGUUCUGAAAACCAUCGAGGGACUAGGCAUGCUGCCACUUUUAGCUACUGGUAACAUAUUAAGAUUAGAUGAUUCAGGGGACAUACUGUAUAUCAACCCAGGAAUAGAAGCCUUAGCUGAUAUACGUGACGGUCCUGAUGAAAGUGACACUAUAACCGUAGAAGAAUUGCUAGACGUGGAAAACGAUGUUCUAUGUUCUGCUGCUGAGACUAACGAACAUUGCUAUUCCUUUGCGCUAUCUGAUCUGGCAGCGUCCUCCAUCCCAAGGUCAAAUGCAUUUGACCGAGAAGAAGGAGGAGAGGAAAAUGGUGAUGUCGAUGACGAUGAUGACCCAAGGCAUUGCCAUCUUUUCCAGAAGGGUACCUGUAAAUACGCAAAUCCUGCCUUUAAAGCUCCAAAGACGACUCACUGGAUUGGUUGUGAUUAUCCAGGGUGCGACAACUGGUUCCACGAAUCAUGCUUAAAUCUCAAAUUCUCUACAGACUCAGAGAGAGAAACGUAUGCCUUUGUUUGUACAUCGCAUGGGAACGUAAAAGGGAUGGAACAAUAUAAGGACCUAGUUGCUGCGACGGCGUCAGAUAUUUCCAUGAUGGAGGAAGACGAGCAGAAUGAAGGCACGUUCCACUUGAAGAGACGAAGGAGAUUUAAUUACGGGGAGAAAACAUCAGCAGCUUCACAAUGUUCAGUUCCACCCAACUAUGUUGAGUAUGAUGGAGAAUUUUAUCACAUUGCGGAAUUUUUGUCUCUUCAGCAGGGAAAAGUGUAUAAGCCAUCUACUUCUAGAAUGGCUAGAUGGAUGGCUGUCUCAAGGAAUGAUUUCUACGAACGGGUAGAAAGGCUCGUAGCACCAACUAGAUCAGAAAACGGACUAUAUUUUGAGGAUAUAGCGGCAUUCUGGGUCCCACGUCUCGGUAUGAGAUGCGGUUUGGUAUUGCGGCUGGUGCGUAACACGUUUUCUAAAUCCCCUGUUCCUGUCUUUGAGUGGAAGAAAGGAAACGACUCGAAAGAAAAAAAAUAUCAGUUUGCUUUCAAGUUCUUUCGAUCUUAAAAAGGAAAAUAGCAAGUGGUUGUUAUCACCCACAAAAGAAAUAAUGUGGAGUGAAUGCAAAACACAUUUGCUAACUUUCGGAAACCUCCAAGGGAAAGAAAGUGGCCUUUGAAAGUAGACGCGGAGGCGAUGGAAAUUCUACUGCCAAAGCUGGAAGAGGAAGAAGAAGAGUCUCGGAGGAAGGAGGAGAAACUGAAAGAGUUAGAAAAGGAGAAACGUAAAAUGGGGCCACUAGAAGACAUGACUGUCUUCCUUCUC